UAAGAUGUCAGAGAGUUGAGCAUUUCAGUUCGUUGCGCUGUACUGCCACUAGGUGGCGUAAAUGUCCCGUGGCAAUAGAGUGUCACGUGGUAGGGGCGGAAGCGUUUAUGUGAGCCAUGCUGAAUCCCGCGCGGGCGCAGCCAUUUGCUCUCUUCCUCGAUCACUUCAACACCGAGUGACUGCAGCACAAAGACCAACACAUACAAACAGCAAUGGCAGAGAACGAGCCACAAGUUCAGUUUAAGCUGGUUCUGGUAGGAGAUGGAGGCACGGGGAAAACCACCUUUGUGAAGAGACACUUGACUGGGGAGUUUGAAAAGAAAUAUGUUGCCACACUUGGAGUUGAGGUACAUCCCCUGGUCUUCCACACCAACAGAGGAGCCAUCAAAUAUAAUGUAUGGGACACAGCUGGACAAGAGAAGUUCGGAGGCCUGAGAGAUGGAUAUUACAUCCAGGCUCAGUGUGCAAUCAUCAUGUUUGAUGUAACUUCUCGAGUGACCUAUAAAAAUGUGCCCAACUGGCAUCGUGACUUGGUGCGUGUGUGCGAGAACAUUCCCAUAGUGCUGUGCGGUAACAAAGUGGACAUCAAGGACAGGAAGGUCAAAGCAAAGAGUAUUGUGUUCCAUCGUAAGAAGAAUCUACAGUACUAUGACAUCUCUGCCAAGAGUAAUUAUAACUUUGAGAAGCCCUUCCUGUGGCUUGCACGGAAGCUGAUUGGAGAUCCUAAUCUGGAGUUUGUUGAGAUGCCAGCCCUCGCACCACCUGAAAUUGCUAUGGACCCAUCACUUGCUGCACAGUAUGAGCAUGACUUGAAAGUGGCAUCAGAAACAGCUCUCCCAGAUGAAGAUGACGACCUUUAACCUGUUAGCCUCUGACCUCCUUGUGGCAAUGUCACUGGGAUUUCCUGGUGAUUGUUCCUUUCCCUGCCCCUUUUACUGUAAAACCCCAGCGCAGAAUAUUUUUAUUUUUCAAUUUUUGGUUUGUUUUGUGUUUUGAACUUGAGUAAAUUGUGUGGUUCAUUUCAUUGUAGACAUGCUAACUGUUACCACCAGACACACAUGCAGACAUGCCUACACUGACACACUCACUUACUCAAAGGUGUGAGAGCAAGUUGAGUGUCCCAGUGCUUACUUCUCUAUGUAAAGCUCUAAGCACUUAGAGGAAUUCUUGGAAUAAAAACAUUCAAUAUAAUAA